ACCGCGGGUGGGCGGAACCCUGCUCCAAGCGGGAAAGAUGGCCGAGGCGGCUGCAGCGUUCGCUCCGGGCUUUGGUGGCGAUUAUUGCGAAGAUGAGGGUGACAGCCGUGUGUUCAAAGCGGCCUUGGAGGUGUUCAGAAAGCUGAAGGACCUGAAGUGUCCCUUGCUGGAGGGUCUGUACAUCACAGAGCCAAACACGAUUCAUGAGCUGCUGUGCACGCCUUCGAAGUACCGCCUGGAGAUCCUGGAGUGGAUGUGUACACGGGUCUGUCCCUCCAUGCAAGACAAGUUCAGCUCACUGAAUGGGGCCCCGGUGGAGGCAAAGAUCCAAGAGAUGGUGAAGCUAGGCCACGAGCUGAUGCUGUGUGCGCCGGAUGACCAGGAUCUGGUUAAGGGCUGUGCCAGUCCCCGGAAGCAGCUGCAGUUCAUGGGCCAGAUGCUUGAUGCCGUGCAAAGCCUGGCUGUCGGAUGCUCCAGUUACCCCAGUGUGAAGGAGGACUUCGAGGAUGAUGCCGAGAAGAAUGAGGGACUGCUGGAGGAGUUCCUCUCCAGCGUGCAGCUGGAGAUGCUUCUGAACCCCGAGUCAGACCCAUGGCCCGUGGACAUGCAGCCCGUCCUCAAGAACCAGGGUGACGACUGGCAAGGGGCUGAUCCCGUGGCCCAGUCGGAGACGGAGAAGGUGGCGGAACUGGCCAGGCAGCUGCAGGAGGGUGCGGCCAAGCUGUGGGCACUCAGGGCCGAGAGCUUGGAGCAGCACAAGGCUGGGGAGGCUGUGGGUGGUGCCGAUACCAGCAUGCUGGAGCAGAAGCUGAGCCUGGUCAUCUCUGACUUCAACCAGCUGGUCCUGGCCUUCAUCCAAGUGUAUGACAACGAGCUGGGGGAAUGCUGCCAGCACCCGGACCCCAACCUCCACCCAUGUGGCCCCAUUGUCCAGGCUGUGUACCAGACUCUCACUUCCUGCAGCCAACUGUUGAAAGCAGUCGAGGAGGUCACGGGUACCUCUGCGGAGGCCAUGGAUGCGGUGAAAAGACAGGAGAAGGAGCCGAUCUGUUGGGAUGGCAGCAGCUCUGUGAUGAGCCUAGCCACCAAAUUAGAAGAACUAACACGGAAAUACCAGGUCUUCAACGACAGCCUGAACGAGGGCAAGGGAUAGUGUGGGGCUGCAGCU